AUAUAUUUUUCUGUUAUGUUUGUAUAUCUUUCUCGUACGUAUAGUUUUAUGGCGUCUCUAAACAGUUGUAGUAAAUGUAAGACUUGGUCUCAUCAACGGUGUAUGUAGACAUUUUAUUUUGUCACGUUCUGGACUGAGGCGCUAUAUUAGUUAUGUCGUCAGAUUUAUUGCGAAAACUUACUUUAACUUCCCGAAAAACUGGAUGUGUUUGUGUCCGUGCUUGUGUGUUUAAGGAAGAGAAGGAGACAAUAGCGUGAGAAAGUGUGUGUGGUAGGAAGAGGGAGUGUCCACAGGUGUGCCUCUGCCAGCCUUCCCCUUUUAUGCGUGUGACGUGAGCCAUUGUUGUCAUGAUGUGACUCCUACCUGCUGCUCUGUGUAUAAAAGCAAAGGCAUAAUUCAUCUCCUUCAUUAUCAGAUCAGCUCCAACUUCCCUUCCAUGGCUGCGUCACACGUUUCUUGUAUGAAGAUGAGGACUCUUCUUUUCGGGGUUAUUCUUGGACUCCUCGCUGCGGUCCACUCGGCACCUGUUAAUGCUAUGUCCCCGAUGCCCGCCAAAGCCUUGGAUGACAUCCUCAGAGAGGCUGUGACGGAUGGCUUCCUCGUCGAGAAUCUUUCCCUCCCUUCAGGCGCAACUGGCUCGCCCAUGAAUCAAGGGACUGGCUCGCCCGCAACUGGCUCGCCCGCAACUGGCUUGCCCGCAACUGGCUUGCCCAUGAAUCAAGGGACUGGCUCGCCCGCAACUGGCUCGCCCAUGAAUCAAGGGACUGGCUCGCCCGCAACUGGCUUGCCCGCAACUGGCUUGCCCAUGAAUCAAGGGACUGGCUUGCCAGCAACUGGUUCGCCCGCAACUGGCUCGCCCAUGAAUCAAGGGACUGGCUCGCCCGCAACUGGCUCGCCCAUGAAUCAAGGGACUGGCUUGCCCGCAACUGGCUCGCCCGCAACUGGCUCACCCAUGAAUCAAGGGACUGGCUCGCCCGCAACUGGCUUGCCAGCAACUGAUUCGCCCAUGAAUCAAGGGACCGGCUCGCCCACGACAAAUGCAACCGUUCAGGCGUCCCAGCAGCCGGCCGUUGACUCCAAAGAGGGCGUCACGAUGGAAGGCAGCGGAGGGCAGCCCAUCGAGGUGGCCACGACCUCGGUGUUCCUCCAGUUUGGAACCACGACGGCUUCACAUGCUCAGAGCGCCGCUGCCACACCGCAGCCGCGGGGCGCCUCUAGUUCGGUUUCGUCGGCCACCCAAACCGCUCUGGUCGGCUCGACCCCGGUGCCGAACGAAGGCCAGACGAGCGCCACCCCGAACCACAUCUUGGCCUCGCAAACCACCGAUCCCGCCGUCUCCACCGUUGGCUUCCUUAGUACCCAGGGUUCUUACUCGGGAUCUGGAGACGGAGAGAUGUUUGACCUGUACUCCACCACCACUACACGCUCCAGUGUAGAAACUAGCGCUGCAUCGUUGACCUCCGCGACCAGACAAAAGGUUCCUGUGCUGGUGGAAAUAAGUGAAGGAUCGGCCUCGGGGGAGUUGUUUGAACCGAUGCCAACAACUACUGCCAUAAGAGGUCGUCAACGCAUGAUUAUUGAACCAAACAGCAGGAAAAUAUUUGAAGGUAUACAGGAAACCUCGAAAGCUGCUGGUACACCAGGGUGGAUGAUCAUCGUUGGUUUUGUUGUUGGUCUUGCAGCACUUGUAAUGCUCUUCGUUGCCAUCGCCACUAGAGAGAAGUGGAAUGGACCGAGCCGGGCCUCCCAGCUGAAGAAAAGAACUAACUCGAUCCAGCACAAGGAAAUGGAGAUGGAGACGUUCCUGCAAAACGACCAUCCCAUUAGGAACGAGAACGGCUCAGAGUACACCGUCAUCCCCCUGGAGGAGCUUCCGGGGAAAUACUCGUCUCGCUGA